GCAACUUUUAGUUUGUUUUAUCAAUAGACAGAGUAAAAUGGGGCAUUUAUUCGGUAGAGUUGUCUGGCUAAAGAACGAGACCGACCGCGUGAUAGAACUCAAAGAGUGCCGCCGGUCUGCCCCUCAUGGUCUUUAUUCAUAUACAAUCCGCCUAGAUCCUUCUCAGCAAAAGAAGAUCGGCGCCACUAUGUUUCACCGACGCACCAAACUAGCAGCAAGAUCGACUGUUAUAAGAAUUUUUGCUGAUGGUGUUGAGUGCCUCAACAAGGUUCUGACUCCCCAAGUGUUCAUUGAUUUUUUUCGAAUCUCCUUUAGGAUUGGCGAAGACGGAGAAGUCACUGUUAGAGGUGUUAGAGCAAGAGGGAUUGAUCAUCUACGCAGGAUUAGAAGGGGUUUGCGUUUUCUGAUUGGAAACAAUCGCCAAAGGGACCAAGAGGAAGAUAUCGCCUGAAAAAUCGAUUACCUUUGUGGCACAUAUGUAUAUAUUGUUAUCUUCGUUUCUUUAUGGCACAAAAUUCUUGAAUCAAAUUAAUGUGUCUCUUGAUGAAACAAAAUUGAUUUCUACUGUAAAUGCAUGUAUUUUCUCUUCCUAGUCGAAAUUUGAUGAGUAGAUAUCGUUCUAUUUAUUUAUUUUA